AUUUAUUAUUUAUACGAAUAACGCAGUUUGAGUUGUAUUUUUGGUUUAGAUAAGUCCAAGAUAAGUCCACGCCAAGAUCCACGCUAUGGCGAAGUUUCUUAAAUGGAUUUCAUCCAAUCGCCGAAUCUCUCAAUAUUGUGUGGGACUCGCGGGUGGUUGCAUAUUUGGUGGAUAUUUGCUGCCACACGGGCUAUUUCUAGAUAAGUAUAAGCGUUUUGUACAGGCAUACAGAGAGGGGCUGCCUGUGAAGCUGACGCCGGAGCUGACGCGGCAUGUGGACGCGGUGCUUGAUGACGCCGCGGUGGACGCCGACGAGCGCAGCCGACUGCGCUUCUUCACGGCGUUCGGCGCCGAUCCGUUCCACGCGGGCGGCACGGGACUGCGCUGGGGUGCCGCCAUCGGGCUGCCGCAGACCUUCGCGCUCGACGGUCCCGCCGAGCUCAACAGUAGCGGCUUCACGGUGGGCGGCAAGAAGGUGGACUGGGAGUCGCGCGAGGGCGUCCUGCUGAACGACGGCCUGCGCCUCUCGCCGGCCGCCCAGCGGUUCGCCAUCGCGCGCGAGCUGUGGCACGUGCGCAGCUCGCAGGUGUGGCAGGACGGAGGUGUGGGCGCGGCAGCGCUAUUCGCUACCUAUCUGCUGGGCAGCUCCCUCAACCAGCGACUGGGCUUCGCACAACGGCCACGGGGUCUGCGCGUGAUGUUGUACUCGCUGGUCUCCCUGUUCGGUGUUGCCGUCUGGGUGACAGUCACCGAUGUGAUCCAGCACCACCGGGACAGCGAGUCGGACAUGGCAGCGGCUCGGCUGGGCGCCGCCUACGCCUGGGGCGGCGUCGAGUUCUACGAAAAGACCCUGGAGCGGAACCGUGCUCUCCGCCGCCUGCUGGGAGAGGACGGCGAGAGCUCGUACUCGGCGUUCGGUAACGAGCGUACGCUGCUGCGCCAGCCGCGGAUGCCGCUCACCGAGCGAUUGGAGACGCUGCGCGCGUACUGCGAGAAACACCACCCGGUGGAGCGGGCGGCUGGGGACGAACCCGUGUCGGCACAGGACGCACCGCCGGCUGCCGCCGCGUAGGGACGGUGUGGGGAGAGUGUGUUUGGGGGGGGGGGGCGCUGAGAGAGUCUGGGUAUGUUGAUGAAGUGUGGGUGUGUAUGUGAACUAAAUGUGAACUAAAAACACGUUUGACGGUUGGUUCAGACGGUGCUGAGCUGAAGAGAAUAUGAACGAUUGGAAUUCGGACGUCAGUGAAAGGGCUGAGUGAUUUGGUCCGAUCUGCAGUGUGUUGCAUUGUGCUAACGGCGAUUUAUUUUUCAUUUCGCCAUGCCCAUAUUGUGUGCUCGGUUGUUAUUCGUUAAUGCUGUUGAUGAACUGACGUGCUGGAAGUUGGAAGCUGUUCUUUUGCCGCCGAUGCGACUAAGUCAAUGCAAGGCUGGUGAACAUUGCGUCGUUUUUUGUAGUCAAUACAGUGAUGUGGAUUGUG